CGGCCGGGGUGGAGCGAGCGAGGGAGGCGAGCGGGAGAGAGCGCUGCGCCCUGGCGCGCUGUGCGUGAGUCUGUGGCGAGCUUGCAGCGGGCCCGCUCAGCUCCAUGCGAAAGGAUUGCGAGGGGGAAAGAGGAGGAGGAGGAGGAAGGAGAAGAAGAGGAGGAGGAGGAGGCAGCAGCAACAGCAGCCAUGGCGGGGCUCCACUGAAGGCAGCAGCAGCAGGCGGCGAGGGAGGAGAGGGGAAAUCUCUGCGUUCCCUCCACCUCAUCCCUGCCUGAGCUGGGCUGGGCUCUGCGUGGAUUCCUCGCUUUAUGCCCCGCUGAGACCGCCGGAGAGGACCCGGGGCCCGCGUCGCCGCCACCCCAGCGCGCGGGGGGGAGGGUUGGGUGCUUUUGUUUUUAAUUUGCCGCCCUCCCUUUCCAUUCCGCCGCCCCCCCCUCCGCAAGUCGUUGUCCUCCUCCUCCUCGAUUGCGUGUGUUGUGUGUGUGUGUGUCCCUCUCUCCGUCGGUGUGUAUUGCAAACAAAGAGCCAGACCCACAUCCGCGCAGCAGCGCGAGGGGAGAGAAAGGAGGAGAAGGAGCCACAGCCGAGAGCCAGAGGAGAUCUCCUUGGAUCGAGUAUGGCGGAUCGCAGCCUGGAGAGCCUUCCUCUGCCGCUGGAAGUGAGAGCCCGCCUGGCUGAGCUGGAGCUGGAAUUAUCGGAAGGUGACAUCACGCAGAAGGGCUAUGAAAAGAAGAGAUCAAAAUUAAUUGGGGCCUACUUGCCACAACCUCCGGCGGCGAAUGGAGCUGCUGCGGUUCGGUGUAGACUACAGCACAAUGAAGGGGCCACGAGAAGGACGCUGCGCACUGGCAACAUUGGGGUCUGUGACAUCCGGGAAGCAGCAGCUAGAGAACGCACAGCCCCACACAACACAGCGGCAAACCGGCCUCUCUUUUACUUUCGCUUUGGCGUGGAUCAGGCACUGCCACAAGAACGCCGAACUCCCGUUACCCCUUCCUCCUCCUCUCGAUACCACCGACGCAGGUCCUCAGGGUCACGUGAUGAGCGCUAUCGGUCAGAUGUUCAUACAGAAGCAGUCCAGGCAGCUCUUGCAAAACAUAAAGAAAGGAAGAUGGCAGUGCCUAUGCCAUCCAAGCGACGUUCAUUGGUGGUGCAAACAUCGAUGGACGCCUACACACCUCCAGAUACCUCAUCUGGUUCAGAAGAUGAAGGCUCUGUACAGGGCGAUUCACAGGGAACUCCAACGUCAAGCCAAGGGAGUAUAAAUAUGGAACACUGGAUCAGCCAAGCCAUCCAUGGCUCUACCACAUCUACAACAUCUUCAUCUUCAACGCAAAGUGGCGGCAGCGGUGCUGCACAUAGGCUAGCUGAUGUAAUGGCGCAAACGCAUAUAGAAAACCAUUCCGCACCUCCAGAUGUUACCACUUACACCUCAGAACACUCAAUACAAGUAGAAAGACCACAAGGUUCAACAUCGAGGGUGGCACCAAAAUAUGGAAAUGCUGAACUUAUGGAAACUGGCGAUGGAGUUCCAGUAAGCAGCAGAGUGUCGGCAAAAAUUCAGCAGUUGGUCAACACCUUAAAACGACCCAAACGGCCCCCAUUACGAGAGUUCUUUGUAGAUGACUUUGAAGAAUUAUUAGAAGUUCAACAGCCAGACCCAAACCAACCAAAGCCAGAGGGAGCGCAGAUGUUGGCGAUGCGUGGAGAACAGCUGGGCGUGGUUACGAAUUGGCCUCCAUCUCUUGAAGCGGCAUUGCAACGAUGGGGAACCAUUUCCCCAAAAGCUCCUUGUCUAACCACUAUGGACACCAAUGGAAAACCACUAUAUAUUCUCACUUACGGCAAACUGUGGACCCGUAGUAUGAAAGUCGCAUACAACAUACUACAUAAGUUGGGCACGAAGCAAGAACCAAUGGUGCGGCCAGGAGACAGGGUAGCACUAGUAUUUCCCAAUAAUGACCCUGCUGCUUUUAUGGUAGCAUUUUAUGGCUGCCUGCUUGCAGAAGUUGUCCCUGUACCUAUUGAAGUGCCACUUACCAGAAAGGGGACUCCUCCUUCUGUCUGGAUUUUCAUAGAAGCCAAACCAAAUGAGAGCUCAUUUCUGAAGACUUUUCUUGCAAAAGACGCAGGAAGCCAGCAGAUAGGCUUCUUGCUCGGAAGCUGUGGUGUGACGGUGGCCUUGACUAGCGAUGCAUGCCACAAAGGACUGCCUAAGAGCCCUACAGGGGAAAUACCACAAUUUAAAGGCUGGCCAAAGCUGCUAUGGUUUGUCACAGAAUCGAAACACCUAUCGAAACCUCCUCGAGACUGGUUCCCACAUAUCAAAGAUGCAAACAAUGACACAGCUUACAUUGAGUACAAAACAUGCAAAGAUGGAAGUGUUCUCGGGGUUACUGUGACGAGAAUCGCACUUCUGACCCAUUGCCAAGCUCUUACACAGGCAUGUGGAUACACAGAAGCCGAAACCAUUGUGAACGUAUUAGAUUUCAAGAAAGAUGUAGGAUUAUGGCAUGGGAUUCUUACGAGUGUUAUGAACAUGAUGCAUGUCAUAAGCAUCCCCUAUUCCUUAAUGAAAGUGAACCCACUUUCGUGGAUACAGAAGGUCUGCCAGUACAAAGCGAAAGUUGCCUGUGUGAAAUCCAGGGAUAUGCACUGGGCAUUAGUAGCGCAUAGAGAUCAACGAGAUAUCAACCUCUCCUCCCUCCGUAUGCUAAUAGUUGCUGAUGGCGCCAAUCCAUGGUCUAUUUCCUCUUGUGAUGCAUUUCUUAAUGUCUUCCAAAGCAAAGGCCUCAGACAAGAAGUCAUUUGCCCUUGUGCUAGUUCGCCAGAGGCUCUCACAGUGGCUAUUAGAAGGCCAACAGACGAUAGCAAUCAGCCGCCAGGCAGAGGCGUCCUGUCCAUGCACGGUCUUACCUAUGGAGUCAUCAGAGUGGAUUCUGAAGAAAAGCUUUCUGUUUUAACAGUGCAAGAUGUUGGCUUGGUGAUGCCAGGAGCCAUAAUGUGUGCCGUGAAGCCUGAUGGAGUUCCUCAACUCUGUCGGACAGAUGAAGUAGGGGAACUCUGUGUAUGUGCUAUUGCAACAGGUACAUCUUAUUAUGGACUCUCUGGAAUGACCAAAAACACAUUUGAGGUGUUCCCUAUGACCAGUUCAGGUGCCCCAAUCAGCGAAUACCCUUUCAUAAGAACUGGGCUGCUGGGGUUUAUUGGCCCAGGUGGGCUUGUCUUUGUUGUUGGCAAAAUGGAUGGGCUGAUGGUCGUCAGCGGACGGAGGCACAACGCAGAUGACAUUGUAGCCACGGCACUCGCGGUGGAACCAAUGAAGUUUGUCUACAGGGGAAGAAUAGCAGUGUUUUCAGUGAGCGUUCUUCACGACGAGAGGAUAGUUAUCGUUGCUGAGCAAAGGCCGGACUCUACGGAGGAAGACAGCUUUCAGUGGAUGAGCAGAGUGCUUCAGGCUAUAGACAGUAUUCAUCAAGUGGGAGUUUACUGCCUAGCCCUGGUACCAGCAAACACACUCCCAAAGACUCCUCUGGGUGGAAUCCACUUAUCCGAAACGAAGCAGCUUUUCCUCGAAGGAGCACUGCAUCCCUGUAAUGUGUUGAUGUGUCCACACACCUGUGUAACAAACCUGCCUAAACCAAGACAAAAACAGCCAGAAAUUGGCCCUGCCUCUGUGAUGGUGGGGAAUCUCGUCUCUGGAAAAAGAAUUGCUCAGGCAAGUGGCAGAGAUUUGGGUCAAAUAGAAGACAACGAUCAAGCCAGAAAGUUCCUGUUUCUCUCAGAAGUCUUACAAUGGAGAGCACAAACAACUCCUGACCACGUGCUUUACACACUGCUAAAUUGUAGGGGGACAAUAGCAAACUCUCUAACAUGUGUUCAGCUACAUAAACGAGCUGAAAAGAUAGCCGUUAUGUUGAUGGAAAGGGGACACUUACAAGAUGGCGACCAUGUUGCUUUGGUCUACCCACCAGGUAUAGAUCUGAUUGCUGCAUUUUACGGGUGUUUGUACGCAGGCUGUGUGCCAAUAACAGUUCGACCUCCGCACCCCCAGAACAUUGCAACAACAUUGCCUACGGUCAAGAUGAUUGUGGAGGUGAGUCGCUCUGCCUGCUUAAUGACGACACAAUUAAUAUGUAAAUUGUUGCGGUCACGAGAGGCGGCAGCAGCGGUGGAUGUCAGAACGUGGCCCCCUAUCUUAGACACAGAUGAUUUGCCAAAGAAGCGGCCUCCUCAGAUCUACAAACCUUCUAACCCCGACAUGCUGGCUUAUCUCGAUUUCAGUGUAUCCACAACUGGAAUGCUAGCAGGGGUGAAGAUGUCUCAUGCAGCCACUAGUGCCUUCUGUCGUUCUAUUAAGCUGCAGUGUGAGCUUUAUCCUUCCAGAGAAGUUGCAAUCUGUUUGGACCCUUACUGUGGACUUGGGUUUGUCCUUUGGUGCCUCUGUAGCGUUUAUUCAGGACACCAGUCUAUUUUGAUUCCUCCCUCAGAAUUGGAGACCACGCCUGCCCUCUGGCUUCUGGCUGUGAGUCAGUACAAAGUGAGAGACACCUUUUGCUCUUAUUCCGUCAUGGAGCUAUGUACCAAGGGUCUUGGUUCGCAAACGGAAUCUCUGAAGGCAAGGGGACUGGACCUCUCAAGAGUGCGGACGUGUGUGGUUGUGGCAGAAGAACGGCCUCGGAUAGCUCUGACGCAGUCCUUUUCAAAGCUUUUCAAAGAUCUGGGCCUCCACCCCAGGGCUGUCAGCACAUCAUUUGGCUGCAGAGUCAACCUGGCUAUAUGUUUGCAGGGGACAUCAGGGCCAGAUCCAACCACUGUGUAUGUGGACAUGAGGGCCCUCAGACAUGACAGAGUGCGUUUAGUAGAAAGAGGAUCCCCUCAUAGCUUGCCCCUCAUGGAAUCGGGAAAGAUUCUCCCUGGAGUUCGCAUCAUUAUUGCUAAUCCAGAAACAAAGGGACCCCUGGGAGAUUCUCAUCUUGGAGAGAUAUGGGUUCAUAGUGCUCACAAUGCCAGUGGCUACUUCACUAUCUAUGGUGAUGAAUCCUUGCAGUCAGAUCACUUUAACUCAAGACUUAGUUUUGGAGACACUCAAACUAUCUGGGCACGGACUGGCUACUUGGGAUUUCUGAGAAGAACAGAGCUCACAGAUGCAAAUGGGGAGCGACAUGAUGCACUUUAUGUGGUAGGUGCGCUAGAUGAAGCCAUGGAACUGCGAGGAAUGAGGUAUCACCCCAUAGAUAUCGAGACGUCUGUAAUUAGAGCACACAAGAGCAUUACAGAAUGUGCGGUGUUUACCUGGACAAACUUGUUGGUCGUUGUUGUUGAGCUGGAUGGAUCCGAGCAAGAAGCCUUAGACCUGGUUCCUUUGGUCACCAAUGUGGUCCUGGAGGAGCAUUACCUGAUUGUAGGGGUGGUGGUUGUGGUGGACGUUGGUGUAAUUCCUAUCAACUCCCGUGGAGAGAAACAGCGUAUGCACCUACGAGACGGAUUUUUGGCGGACCAACUAGAUCCCAUCUAUGUGGCCUACAACAUGUAGUCUGGUAUCUAUUAAGGUUUCCAUGGACUGUACUCUAGAUGUAUAAACAAAUUUUUUUGGACGUCCACUAAACGAUGUGCUGACAAGAAAACGACGCCACUCUUCAGAACGGAACUGUUUCUAUUAGGACUUUUUGACGCGCUCGUUAUUGGCAGGACAUAAAAUGUGAAACGUGUUUCUUUUACCACUACAUUUUAACACAGAAGGACUUUGGGGUACUGCCUUCAGUUUGUUGGAAAGCCCAUUAUUAGACUUUUUAAAAAAGAUUAUUUUUUGCUUAUUGGGAUGAUACUGCUUUCUGAGUAAUAUGGCUUUGUAUUUUAUGUUAUACCGAAGUAGCUAAUUUUUCUCUUUUUUUAAAUCUGCCCUUCAAGUGGAUAUUUUUAAACAGCUCAUAUUAUGACUGAAUUGUUUUGGUUUGCUUGUUUUUAAAUGUCCAUAAAAAUCUUUUCCAAUAUGAAUCCAUUACUAAUUUUAAGCCAUUUUCUAUCCCAUUGUCUUAGGAAACUACAUUGUGGUACGAGGAAAAUACCCAAAACAGCACCUUCUCAAAUUAAGAGUUUUAACAGCUUUCUCUUCUGGAAAUGCUGAAAAAGGCAAAGGCAAAAAGAGCCUUUGAUUAUUAGUGUUAGAAUGAACAGAAAUUUAUAAAUAAGGUGUAUUUCGGCAAUGAGCUUGCAGAUAUCUUUGUACUAAACUAAAAAGAUAAAAUAAGUUAACUACUUCUGUAAUUAUGUACAAAACCUUUAAUUUAUUUUGAUCUCUUUAGAAGUAUAAAAGAGAAACAUUCAAGAAUAUUAAGCUCUUGUAAUGUUUGCUAAUAUAAAAAACAAAGGGGUUGUAUUAUCUUGAGUGGAUAGUAUCACAUCAAAUAUAUAUAUAUGAAAUAUAAAUUCACUAAUGACAAAAAAAAAAGAUUUUAAAGUUUUAAAAGGAUGCAGUACUCAUCACUUGCAUGGUGUCUCUUUUCCCACUGUAGAUAAUCUAACAUUAUUCACAAACUUCGAGGAAAAACCGGUCCUGGAUUGCUAAGUAUCCCUGUCUAAAAGAAUCUCCCAGAUACCAGCAAGCGAAACCAUUUUGCUACCUUUAAAGGCAGUGAGUUAAACGUUGAAGGUCGCAAUCCUCUGCCGUGCCUGCAUAGAGGGCAGGGCAUAGAGUGGCUCCCGUAGCCGUGCUGGAAUAAAUUCCUGCACCUUGCCCUCUCUUCCAAGCCUGCUUCUCCGCAAGGCCGCUGAAUUGCAACUCUGCUGCCCUUGGCCCCUAAUUUGCCUCCAGCGCUCUGCCGCUCACCCUUCCGUAGUCCGUGGCUCUUCUCCAGCCCCCUGUGUGCUCUAGGAGCCUGGAGAAGAGGAGGAGGAGCAGCAGUGCUGGAGAGGCAGGAAGUGGGGAAGAGCCUCGGUUUCAGCCUAGGAAGCCUUGGAAGAGUCCAGCCGGCACGGUGGUGGAGAUCAAGAAUGGGUUCCUGCGAGAGCCAUUCCGCCUCCUGCUCUCUGUGCAUGCAAUGCGGUAGGAUUUGCUGGUGGCCAAAGACUCUUCAACAGUGCACUACGAAGGAUUCUCUUAUUUGCCGCGGAGGUGACAAAUAUUUGUGCAGGCACGUAUGUCCAUACACUUCUUAGACGUUAGAAAAGGCAGGUUUGAAGAAUAUCACUGUUUUUCUUAGCUGCAUAACAUUGUUGCACAAUAUUGGUCAUCGUCCUUUCUUUUUUUAAGUUUGUGGGGGUUUUGUUGUUAUUAUUUUUUGGUAAGGACGAUUUUCUUGUUGUUUUUGUUUUGUUUUUGGUGGUCGUUUUGCACAAGAAUUAUGCUUUUGUUCAUCUGUUUGCCUUCCUGCUGCCCUCUGUGUCUAGGUUGGGCGAGGGGACGGUGGCGAUCCAUCCACUUCACACUUUGUAGAAAGCUGUUGUUUUUCAAUAGUCUUUCUCUUAAUAACGCGUUUGUUAUUGGAGAGUAGCUUAAAAGCCGCUCUAAACUAUUUGGCACAGCCUGGUGCAUCUGCUAACAUGUCCUUAUGCCAAACAGAGGAACUGAUACUGGUGUAGCAAGUAAUCCCAUCUCUCAGUUCCAAAGGGAAUCUGCCAAUUGGGGAAGAACAGGAACGCAUGGAUCACAGCUGCCUUUUAUUUUCUUUCUAAUUUCACUGUCUUCGGAUAAAUGGAAUUGUCGAUCUCUUAAUUAUUCAAUUGUUUUCCUCCCCCCAUUUUUUUGUUUGUUUGUUUUGAAGUGCAUAUUUUGGGUUGUUCCAGUGUAACCUGGCUGACCUGUGUCUGAUUUUUAAGGGUGAACAUUAAACAGCAGCAGUCCAAGAAUGCUUUUUAAAUGGUUUGAAAUAAUGUUAACUUGCUGACAGAAUAUGCAUGACUAAGACAGAGGCAGGACUGAAGCUACAAGACCUUUAUAUAACAUGUACAAGGGAUUUUUAUUUAUUUUUUUUGGUCUACCUUUGCAGAUUUCAUUUGGUUCUGAAGACCCCAAAUUCAUUAAUUGUUUCCCCAUUUUUAUUUUUGCAGGGGUGGGAGGGUCCUUAAAGAUGAGGGAUGGUUUUUAAGUCUGCAUGCAGAAUACAGAGCAUCUCACCAUGGCAAAACUUUUUUUUAUUUUAUUUGGGUGUGUGUUAAUUUUCAGUUGCCCCCUUUUUUCAUAUUUUAUUUGCCCUGUGAAUAUUUCUACCCAUGCUCCGAAGACCAACCCUGAAGCAUUCUGUCAAAGUGUGGGGUUUUUCUGUCCCCUAAAAUAAUAUAUAUUUUUUUCUGUUUGAAAUGUCAAGUUGCUGUAAGGUUCAGACAAGCCGUUGACUGAUUAUGAGCAUAAUUACAGUGUAUGAACUAACUUGUGAUGAUGUCCUUGCUAUUGCUGAUCUCAGUGCUGCAAAACACAAAUUUAGCUGUCAUUUUAUUAAAGCAUCACUUUUAACCUUCACCAAGUCAACUUUCCACUCCUGGGGAAGGGGACAAAGGACUGCAAUGCAGUCGUACGACACAGUUAAUAACUGAUCUCUUCUGCAACCUGCCAUCUGUGGUUGUUUAAAUUCUCAAACUUAGGACAGUAAAUGUCGAUGAACUGAAUUCCUAGUUUUGUCGUGCAAGUUAAGGGGAAAGAAACACACGUACCAUCAGAUUCAGCAAUAAAGAAGGAUUGUUCUGUAUUAGAAACUGUACUGUAGAUAAACCAUUCAUGAGAAUGUAUAAAAUGUUUGUCUUGUGACCUUGUGCUUUUGAAGUCAGACAAAAACCAUGUAAUCAACCUGAUGCACAUGCACACUAAAAUAAAAAAGAAAGAAAGAAAGAGGGUCCACAAUGAACAUUUAAACACGAAAACUAAUCAAACAGGAGCAGAUUCCUCAUGGUGCUUGUUUAUUAUAUAUAUUUAAUCCUGCUUGACACUUUACCCAAGGGAAGACUGUCCCUUUUAUCAGUUGAAUGUUAGCAGCGUUAUUUCAUAGAGUGUGGUGACUGGUUAGAGAAAUUCAUGUAACUCAGCCAAUCACAGUUUCAAACGAAAAUUUUUAUGUGCAAACAAAACAGCAACCUUCUUGUAUGUUAAACCACCAGUACGCUUUGUACAUCUGUGAUAACGCCUGUUUUAUAUUCAAAUGAACAAAUAAAAGCUUUUAUUUUUGUUGCUCUGAAAA